CCAAGACCGAUUUUCACGUCAGGAAUUCUAACGUGUAAACAAAAACAUUGGAGGCCGCUAAAGAAUUCGACUCGAUAACCUGCCUCAACAUUCAAGGAUCUAAGAAGACACAGUUCAGAUGCAGGAGAGAAUGAUGUCACUCAACAGCUCUGUAAGAGGAUCAGGGGAGGAGCCAGACCCGGCUCGAGAGGAGAGGUCAGGCCGAGUGCGCGAGGUUGGAAGUCAGGCCGUCUGGUCGUUGUCAUCAUGCAAGCCAGGGUUUGGAGUGGAACAGCUGCGCGAUGACUGUCUCGACACUUACUGGCAGUCGGAUGGUCCGCAGCCACACCUAGUCAACAUACAGUUCCGCCGCAAAACCACCAUACAGGAUGUGUGGAUUUAUGCCGAUUACAAAGCCGAUGAGAGUUAUACUCCCAGCAGAAUAUCAAUCCGCUGUGGCACGCACUUCAACGACCUCCAGGAGAUUGAAGUGGUGGACCUGCACGAACCCACGGGCUGGCUCCUCAUCCCCCUGAAGGACAUUCACGACCGCCCGGUGCGCACGUACAUGGUCCAGAUUGCCGUCCUCUCCAACCACCAGAACGGCCGGGACACGCACAUGAGGCAGAUUAAGAUCCACUCUCCCGUGGAGGAUCGGGCCGUCGCGGUGGACAGCGUGGGGGCCUUCACGUCACAGGCCUUCAAGCAGUAUAGUUGUAUCAGAUGAUGUUCUGGGUCCAGUGGCUUUUACAGGGGUUGAAAGUUUGGCUGUGUAAUCUUGGGUGUGUGUGUAUGUGUGUGGAUGGAAAGUAUGUACUUUAUUUUCUGUUUUUUUCUUUUCUUUUUAUAUUAUGAGUUGUACCAUAUUCCCCUUUCCUUCCCUUAUUAUGAUUAUUCUGUUAAUGAGAAAUUCAGAGCAUGGGUAUAGUAAGCAAUUACCAGACUCAACAACCAAAGUGUUUCAUUCUCUAUAUGGCGGAAUAAACAAUCUGAAUCUCCCAUGAAUACCCACCAUGUAUAUAUUUUUUUUUUCUGUGAGAGUUUUCCCUCUUUUCUCUAUAAUAUGACAAGAUACCGUUUUAUUUCUAGCAUAUUGUGGAAAGGUAAGAAUCAACUCGGAAAUUGGACUUUCUCAUAUCAUUCCCAUAUGAUUUUUUUUCUAACUGGUUAUUGUAUGUACAUAUCUUUAAGUAUUUGAAAAAAAAAAGAGACUUUUAGUUUACAAUAUUACCUCUAAACAGAUAUCAAAAGUCAUAACAGUCUGAUCUCCGCUUUAGUUAUUCUAUUAAUGAUUAUGGUAGAGUAACCAGUGUCAUGGAGCAAUAUGGACAAAAUGAUAGAUAAAUAACCUCUACCGAUAUAUGAGAGGAAGAGAAUUUAUAAAGUUUUCUUUAUUGAAGUUUUUAAAAGCCCGAAAUGAUUAUGUAAACUUGCAGAAAUUGAUGUAAUAUGACAGUUCUUUUUGUUAAUAUCUGAUAUAAAAAAAGAUUACUGAUAAGAAAAAUAAAAUAAUAUCACUGAAAGAACACUUAACACAAUGAAACAAACUUGUCAUAUACAUUUCAGUUAAAGUGUACUGAAAACAGGUUAGUUUAAAGAUACUAAAUAUCCUGUACUUCUUAUUUUUACUGCUCUAACUUCAGAAAAGAAUAAUGUUAUUAUUUCUUAACUCGACUUUUAUUUAUCCCUUUAUUUAAUGGUGCUGUUAUACUUAUAAAAUAACUUAACACGAAUGGAAAAUGAAAUUAAAACACAGACAAUUCACAAUUUCAUAAUUAUUAUUCAUAUUCAUCACUCAAUUCACAGAAAACAGUGCAUUACAUUAAAUGAUAACACAACCAUAAAAAAAUUAAGGAGGAUGCAUGAACUGAAAUGAUGAACAGGAAGAGCAUAGCAGCUUUGGAGAUUACAAAAAUAUAAAUGUACAUCUCUUUAUUUCACAACUUCCUUUAGGGAUAAUAACUUCCACGACAGAAAUCGACACGUGUCAAGACCUGGCACGUAUCCCUUUUCCUCUCUCUCUCUCUCUCUCUCUUUGUUUUUCUAAUCCAUCCUGUAAAAUAUAUUAUCUUUGCUGAAUAGUGAUAAGCACACUUUUUAUUUUUAAGAAACUCUCUUUCUCUCUCUCUCUC